AUGCACAUGUUUCCAAGGCAAGUCCGUCCCAUCUUUGAUGUUAUAAGACUGACCAGUGGCCAGAAGUCAAGCAAAGAUCGAUCUGCCUCCUCGUCUCGCAAGUCUGGAAGAACAUCAAAGCUAUCACGCAGAGCACAGGACGCUGAGCAAGGCAGCACUACUAUGACCAAGGCCAAGACUGCAGCAUCACAAGCGAAAAAGGCGCGCAAGUCUGCCAAGAAGGCCAAGAAAGCGGCAGCACCUCUUCUGGUUCAGCAUAUCCAGCAAUCAUCCCUUCGCUUCACCGUCGAUGCAGUGGCCAUUCAAGACAGCGACCCCGCCCUUGGCUUCGUCUUUAGCGGAGCAGACUUUGUGGAGAUCACACAACAGACAUCCAGUACUCUCAUGGCUGCAUUUUGCAAUGCUAAUGCAGAACGCCGGGCAACAUUAUCAGCGCUCAAAGCCGGUCAUGCCAUCUCGCUACCUACAGGCAGCACACUCAGCGAUACUCUCGUUUCGGUACGAGAGCGUGCAGCAAAUCGAGGACAUAGUAAACCUGGAGUAGCAGGCGCUCUUGCAUCGGCGUGCCAGGCAAAGAUACUUGUGUUGACGCACUUUUCAAGUCGAUAUGGUGGCAAAGGACAACAGGCAAGGCACUGUAUGCGGCUAUGUGAGCAAAUUGCUCAACAAGCAUCAUCGGCAACACAAGAGACUCUCGAGUUGCUGUUUGCAGACGAUUCCCAACGCAAAGGUCCGGCAGCCGUCUCGCAUAGUGCAAAGCAGCGCAAUGGUGCCAUGGCCUUUUACGGUUACAAAGGCAAAGUCAUUGCUGCUUCCGAUGGUAUUAUGCUAGACAUUCCUCGUCCUCGAGUGUUAAGGUAA